UCCUUCCUGUCCUCCCUAGCCCUUCCCGUACUACGCAUAAACUAUGCAAAAGGUGGAGGGGGCGAGAUGCGACAAAGUGGUCAUCGGAUUGGGCUGCAUCGAACUUCGUCAUUUAUCGAAUCUUCCCCAAAGUGUAAUCUCUGCCCAACUUUGGCCAACGCCAAUCUGGUAGAAAGGUGGGAGCAGGUGCGGAUGAGGCAGUGUUUUCAAAUUCCCCGCCACUGGGCCAGUCGCUAGGGGCCGCGGAAUAAACAGAAGAUUGUGUGUCGCGUCAACAUCUUUCUUCAUGCCCGCGGGGUACCGUUAACUCAUUCUCAAUGAACAACCGAACGAGCGAGAACGCCUACAAGCAAGAUGUUGCAGUUUUGGAAAAAGACUGGUCGAAGAAAAUCAAUCGCAGGAAGCAAUGAUUCGCUGGGAGCGACAGAGCAGCCCGUUAGGGGAACACCGGAUGAUGUCAUUGAUGGAGGCACAAAGAUACCGGAGACCGAUGAGGAGGCACUUCGCUUUGCCGAAAGGCACUGCUUUGCGAAUAAAGAUUCGCCGUUACGCACUUCGAAGCUUUCUCGGAGGAUGAUCGACAUACUGGCCGAUCAGAGCUGUAUGUGUUAUUUUGUGCAGUACCUGGAAUCACGGAAUGCGCUAUCUUUGAUCAAAUUCUGGCUGGAUGUGGAGAGUUUUAAAGCUGCUGCGGUGGAAAGCAGCCGCGGAGGAGCAAGACUAACGACGACGACGACGACAAGUGCUGGCCAGAACAGCUUGGGAGGAAGACUGCACCGGAGUGUGUCGUCCGAUGGGUACGACAGUUUGUCUUUUUUCAGCGUCGACGGUGAUUCGUUGUCCACGAACUCGUUCUCCGAGAACGCGUUCGAAGACACGCAAUCGGUGGACGAUUUGCGCGAAACGGACUCGCGAACGUCACAAAACUGUACACCGUUGCCACCGCCGACGGCACUGGAGGUGCUCGAAGAGGUAGAUAUCAGAGAGGAGCUGGAAUCGGCCAGUGCUCAAUCGAAAAUGUUAGAAAAUGGCUGUGAUAUGACUAUUAUGCGGCAAUCGUUGACGGACGACGAGAAGAAACAGAUCUGUGAAGCGGGCAAAGCAGGCGAUGAGCCAACGCCAUCUGCUACUGCUGCUCCUGCUGCUGCUGCUGUUGUUGCUGCUAGUAACAGCAACACCCGAUGCUUCAAUUCCCUGAUCAAUUCUGAUGCGGUGCGAAUUUAUCGAAAGUAUCUGACCACCAACUCGCCUCAUCAUAUCGACAUGCCGGCCACGAUACUCUCCAGCAUCUCGCUUGCCCUGUGCAGUAGCAACGGUAUCUGCAAUGAACAGCUGUUUGCCGAGGCACAGCACUAUCUAUUGGAACUGUUCGAGCGUAACUACUUGAAUCCCUAUCUGGAGAGUUCCUAUUACUGCAAGUACACGCUGGAAGUGCUGACCGACGAGCAUCUGAAGCUGCGUGACAUUCUGGGUAGUGAGAUGGCUCUCUUCUACUUCAUGGAACAUCUGGAACAGCAGGGCAAACGCCACUACUUGGAGUUUUACGUGGCGGCAGUCAACUUUAGGCGCUCUUUCGAAAGCUCCACCCAAGCCCAGAAGGAUGCCGUUGUGCUGUAUGAUAAAUAUUUCUCUCUUCAGGCCACGUGCUCGCUGUUGUUGAGCGAUAAAAUUCGCUUCCAACUCGAGGAACACAUUUGCUCUGCCGAUACGGCCAAUGUGGCCGAGUGUUUCGAACUACCCGGGCGCAUUAUUGAAGUGUUCCUAGAGCAGCGGUAUUUUGCGGGAUUCCUAAAAUCACCACUCUACUGUCGGUUUAUCAGCGAGCUGCUCGGAAAGGUAAAAACCAACUCGUGCAACGGUGCAAUCGGUGUUCUGCCGGGAGCAAAACGGAACACCAUGGUAACGGGGCGUGCUGGUCGAGGUCACCGUAAAACGCUAUCGGAUGUAACGAGCGAUAGUAGCGGCACGUGUAAUAAUGGUACUGCUGGUCGUCGAUCGAACGCGGUACCAUUCAUUUCAUCGCAAAACACUCUACUCGCCAUGCCCGAUGCAAGCUUCCAUCGUAACCGGAAACACAUGUCCGCAUCGCACAGCAGCGGUGUGGUUGCUGGUUCUCCCGGAAGCACCGACAUGCAGAUCGAUUCCCGUCAUCUAUACAAUCCCGAUUUGCUGUGGCGACGCAAUUCGACGGGAAGCGGACUCACAUUCGGACGGGUUGAUGCACUCGGUAGAUACGAGCGAGACUUUGACAUCACCGAACCGCCGGUUGGCGAUGAUCGGUGGAAUCGUAGCCGGCUGAAGAAAGCCGUCCGGAAGCUGGUGAACCUACCGGAGGAUAAGGCACAGGAGGAGCUGGCCUGGCAGGUGGCCGAAAUGAUUGUGAAAGACAUUACGAAUGUUACCAUGAACCACAGCACGUGAUUGGCGUGCGUGUUGUGUUAGAAGUACCUAACUUUCUGCGUAACCACGACAUGCUUCCCAUGAUCUUAAUCAUGAUGGUGCUUUCUAUUAGUGAGCCGAGCGAGCGAAUAUUAACUGAAAUCUCGACGCGUGUAGAGAGACGAUCUAGCUUUAGAAGUAAUAUGAUUCCUUCGUCGGUGAAUCUUGAUUUGCGUACGCCACGUUUACUCAUUCUUGUGCAUCACAUGGUGAUGGCAGCAAACCUACGUUAGCAAUUCUCGAAAUGUACACAUGGUAUCAUCUCAUUUUAUUUAUAUCGUUAAAGUUUGUUUUAAUCAUAAUGAAUCAUUAAGCCGAUCAUCAGUAUGACAAGCGCUUCUUGUGCUUUAAGUCUCCCGUCCUGGCAUGUAGAGUUCAAAAUUGAGGGUUCAAAAUAUACGGUAAGAUCGUCCUGUGCGACACAAAAGAAAUAAAAAUGCACAACGAAGCGCAAGCAACAUGCGGAAGCCAUAACACGGGACGGGGAAUUGAUAUUCGGCGAAAGUAAAUCCAUGCGCGUGUACCCGAGGUAGUACACAGUUUUAUGUUCGAUGAUUAACAUUUUGAUCAUUUUAUAUGCAACCUAUUGUCGGUCUUUUUAAUGUUAGCCCAAGUACCCAUGAAUAACAACAAUAGUUUAAGCGCAGAACGUGCGACGUUUAGUUCACUUCACUACCAAACACUGUACAAUGUCUGUAAACAUACUAGAAUAGGAAAUGAAAUAUAUUUUCUUACAUUAAAAACAGCCGA